AUGCGGCUCCUUCGGAUCAUGCUGCUGACGAUGCCGGUAUACCAGGCUCUGGUCGCAAGCGGGUUCGUGUUGCUUGCGAUAGCUGCCUCGGGCGCCUCGAACUGCCACUAUACGGCGUCGACUGCGUCUUCUGUUAUCCCCAGCAUGUCUUCACAUGCCGAACUUGUGAACGAAGAUCAAGCUAACAGCUUAUCAAAUUGUCACGGCCUCACUCCAAACACGUCUCCGGACCAUGACGGACCGCAAGGCCCUGACUUCGCAACACAGCACCCAAACUUGAACGUCCCGCCAGCGUUGGAUUCGGCCAUGGAAGGACUUCAAAGCUACCCAAACACGAUAUCCUUGCAGUUUCACGAGCAACCAGCAGCGCCGGUUUAUGAUCCGGGAGCUACAAACCACAACCACAUGUCACUUGAAGAGGACAUGCUCUACACGAUUCCAGACGGCGACGGCAUAAACGACUUCUGGCAGAUGCCUAAUAUGAACAGCCAGUUUUGGUUCGACGGAUCCGACUUUGCCUGGACCGACAACUUUUUGGAUUCGAACUCACCCCUUCUAGACCAUGUUCUUUCUACCUCGAUGCAGAAUUUCACAGCAAUCAUGCAAGAAUACUUUGAUAGGAAAUCCCGUGCUCCAUCUCCAUCGCUCAACAAAGCUAGCAAGAUGUGGUACUCGGCGCCGCCAAACCUGGACGACCAUAACAGAGAUAUUGUGAGAGUAUUCUUACAAAUCUUUCGUCGAAAUAUCCCGCAGGCCUUCUCCCUCUUCGAAGAUUGUGCGGUGACCCGAAAAAGCAAAGCCGAGUACACACUCGCCAUUGCUGCUAUAGGCGGGCUGUUUUGUAAUGUUCCUGGCAGCUCCGAAGUCGCGAAGUCCAUGUACAACGAUGCACGACGGUUACUAUUAGCGUCCUUCAACGCCAGAAGUUCUCUUGACGAUUUGUCGGCAAAUGCUGAUGACAAGCUUACUGUGGUCAAGACGGUACGCAUAAACUGCCCUUAUAUCUAG